CACAGCCAUCUUAGAUCAGUCAGCAUGUCAAGUUCCAAUCUUCCUUCUGUUUUAACAUAUCUUAUGAUUAUCGUAUGUACAGUCUGGACUUCUCUUUGGGUUCUGAAGCCUACGCAAUUGUGGACAAAAAGAUGGAAAGAUGCCGAAGAUAGUGCCAAUAAAACUGUGUUUGGCUACUAUGGUUUGAACUAUGCUGCGUAUACAUUUCCUAUAAUUGCCGUCACUAUAAUAGGACUUGUUUUCUUGGAUUUAAAGUCUGGAGAACGAAGAAGCAGUAAAGCAAGGAGUCUGUACACUGUCCUCUCAAGUCCACUUGUGGUGAAUAGUCUUCUGGGAAUCCUAUCCAGUAUUGAGAUACUGCUAGUUUUUCUUUUCAUCCUCUUCUUAACAUGGACCUUUUAUGCUCGCAUCUCUAACGACUUCAAGAAGCUGGUACCUGAUAAAUCACUGAAGCUGGACUUAUGGGAACUCAAGUAUCUCAGAGUAGCAACCAGAUUUGGCUUGCUAGCAGAAGCCUCCCUGGCUUUGCUUCUUCUUCCUGUCUUAAGGGGUUUAGCCCUGUUUCGAAUACUUGGCAUUCAAUUUGAAGCUUCAGUGAGAUAUCAUACCUGGGUUGGAACAGCAAUGAUAUUUUUCGCUGCAAUCCAUGGAGGAAGCACUUUGCUCAUCUGGGCUGUCAGCAGCCACAUACAAAACGAGACAUGGAAGUGGCAGAAGACAGGACGAAUAUACCUCGCUGGGGAGAUUGCACUUGUUACGGGGCUAGUUAUCUUGUUCACUUCACUUCCUCGAGUUAGAAGGAGAAAGUUUGAAAUCUUCUACUACACCCAUCAUCUGUACUCAGUAUUUCUUGUAUUUUUCUUGUUUCAUGCUGGAGAUAGGCACUUUUACAUGAUCUUCCCAGGAGUAGUUCUUUUUGGUCUUGACAAAAUCCUUCGUAUCAUACAAUCAAGGCCAGGAACUUGCAUCGUUUCAGCCCGAGUUUUCCCUUGCAAAGCUGUGGAGCUCAUUCUCCCCAAAGAUCCAAGACUAAACUAUGCUCCCACAAGUGUGAUAUUUAUGAAGAUACCAACCAUAUCAAAUCUCCAAUGGCACUCCUUCAGUAUAACAUCUAGUUCCACUGCCGAUGAACGAAAGAUGUCCAUGAUAAUUAAAUGUGAAGGAUGGUGGACGAGUUCGCUUUUUAACAUGAUACAUGCUGAGCUGGGCAGAGAUUCUGAUAAGAUGAAGGGUAUACCUGUUGCAAUUGAAGGACCUUACGGACCUGCGUCUCUGGACUUCUUGAAAUAUGACAGUCUACUUCUGGUUGCUGGAGGGAGUGGAAUAACCCCAUUUCUGAGUAUUUUGGCAGAAGCUUCCUCAGCCACCAGCACUAGUAGAUUCCCCUCAAGGAUACAACUUGUGUAUGUCAUCAAGAAGGCACAAGACUUCUCUCUGUUGCAUUCAAUCUCCCACCUGUUGCUCAACGAGUCGCCUGGAAAGUGUUAUUUGAAGCUAAAACUAUUUGUAACUCGAGAAAAACAGUCAGGCGUGACAGUUAGAGACCUGCUGAAUGAAUUCUAUGAAGUAAAAACUUUGCACUUGAGCAGAGAGUGUUCGAAUUAUGCAGUACACGGGCCAGAUAGUCCAACUUGGACGGCUGCCAUUUUAGGAUUUUGCUCCACCAUUUUUCUUAUUGUUCUUAUUUGUCUCAACCAUAUAAUUCCACCUGAGAAGGGAUCCGAAAAGUCCAAAGACAAGACUCCCUCUUGGGUUGUGGAUAUGCUUCUUAUGGCUUCUUUUGUCAUAGCUUUAGCUUGCAGCACCUUGAUGGGAAUCUUUUUGAGGUGGAGAAGGCUGCAGAAAGGGAUUCCACCAACCUCCCAGAAAGAAUUUAAGCCCCUCGAUUUAAUUUCUACUGAAACCAGGAGUACCUUUGAAGAACAUGAAGUCCAUUUUGGGGGACGACCAAACUUUCAAGAUAUAUUUAGGGAGUUUGAAAAUGAAAGUGGGGGAACAAAUACUGGCGUGUUGGUAUGUGGACCAGAGAGCAUGAAGGAGUCGGUGGCCAUGAUUUGCCAACAGAAAUCCAAGUGUUUCAAGUUAGGUUCCAAGAAAAGCGAAGCCUUUACUUUGCACUCCCUCAACUUUACACUCUAGGUUCAAUUACAAUUUCGAGUGAAUGUAAGCAAUGAACACCCCAAAAAAAAAAAAGGAAAACGGGGGGAAAAAUGACAUGAAUGGUAUCUUGAUGUGUAUCUUUCUUUUAACAGGCAAUAAUUAUCUGAAUAUGUGAUAAGUUUAGAAACCAAGUUGUGGACACAAUCGAUAGACAUGGGACCACGUUGCUUAAUCAACUAUCUCACUGUAAGAUCAGUUUUCGGGGCGUGGUUAUGUCACCAUCUUAACUUUUCACAAGCAAAGCCUGCUUCCCUUUUCAAGAAUGAGCUUCUCCAUUCAAUUCUCUCCUGAAAAGUCACUCUGUAUGACCUAAGGUGAAGGCCGAUGAAAAGUCCUAGCAUGAAUUUUUUUUUCUCCCUUUUUUUCUCUCUGACUCUAGAUGUAUUUCAGACAAAAUUGUGAACAUCAAUGAAAUCAAUUAAAUACA